AUGGACCCAAUUUUAAGCGUGGUUGUUCAAAACAUGAGGUCAAGGGGCAUUUGCACAAGCUUCUGCUGUGUGAUUAUAUUUCUCUCUAUAUUUGAUGUUCUUAAAUUGACAACAGCAAGGUGUGAAUCUGGAGAGGUAGACAUGUACCAAUACCCUGACUCUCCUUUCCCAGCCAAUAAGACCAUAGAAUUCAAGAAGCCAUUUACAGCUACACCCUCGGUAAUGUAUGGAAUAACUAUGAUCGACAUAAACUACGCCGAGAAUAAACGAGCUAAAAUCGAACUUUUAGGAUCCAAUGAGACAGCUUUUACUGUGUGGAUGGGGACGAUGCACGACACAAAACUUUACGGUCUGGGCAUGCGUUGGAUGGCCUGUGAUUAAAACGAAAUGAAUCAAGGAGAGACGUGUUGUGAACACUUGAACAUUGGCUUAAGGCCUAGUCCUUUUUUCUUAUUUUAAUUUGAAAUACUGAAGUUUUUUUUUUCAAUUUCUUUACUUACCAAAGAAUCCUCAUGCCCUUCGAAAAUUGUUUUUGCCAAGAUCAAAACUUGCACUUAAAAAUGUUGAGCUUUUCUCCCCUUUGAACAAUCUCAAGAGUAAGUCUGCAACUUUGAUAUUCUUAAGGACACAUCAUACAAAAUAAAAAAAAAUAGAUGCAUGAUUGGUAUAUAUUUUUACACUUAUUUUGGUGAUAAAUGAUGCAUAUUUCAAAUCUCUAAAAUAUCAAGAAAUUGUAAACUUUGUAUGAUGUUAAAAUCUCUUCCUUUUUGCAACACCCUAUAAAUCUAUAUAAUUUUUUAUUACAUGUGUAUUUUUAAAGGCAUAAUGAAAAA